GUCAAAACUCGUGAAAUAUCUGUAAAAUAAUGUCUCAAAGAAGAACAAUGAAUAGUAAAAAGUUUGCGAAACAAGGCGGUGUUGCGCUGUGUCUGAGCCCUCAGGGCCGUCGAAAUGGUGAGGCGUUGGUGCGAUUCAUAAACCAAGAGCACCGGGAUAUGGCACUCAAGAGGCAUAAGCACCACAUUGGCCAGAGAUAUAUCGAGGUCUAUCGGGCCAAUGGCGACGAUUUUGUCAAUGUUGCCGGAGGCAACAAUAACGAGGCGCAGGCUUUCCUCUCCCGUGGCGGACAAGUGAUUGUACGGAUGCGGGGACUGCCCUACGAUUGCACCGCUCAACAAGUGAUUGAAUUCUUCGCCAACGGAGACAAUAGUUGUGAAGUAAUGCAUAGCGAAGAGGGCGUCCUAUUUGUCCGCAAAUCCGAUGGCAGAGCCACUGGAGACGCGUUCGUACUCUUCGAGACUGAAGACCUGGCUUUGAAAGCCCUUCAAAAACACCGGGAAGUGAUUGGCGCCCGAUAUAUAGAACUCUUCAGAAGUACAACCGCUGAAGUUCAACAGGUUCUCAACCGAAGUAUGGAUCCGAGAACUUUUGAGCCCCAACUACCCUUAAUAGCGAGUCUACCACACGUCCCACUCAUACCUCAACAACUCUUACCGUCCGGUUCUCGCAAAGACUGUAUUCGACUGCGAGGUCUGCCUUAUGAGGCACAGGUCGAGCAGAUCCUUGAGUUCUUAGGAGAACACGCGAAGAAUAUUGUCUUUCAAGGGGUACAUAUGGUAUAUAAUGCACAGGGUCAGCCAUCGGGUGAAGCAUUCAUUCAAAUGGAUUCGGAACAGUCGGCUCUAUUGGCGGCCCAACAGAGACAUCAUCGGUAUAUGAUAUUUGGCAAAAAGCAACGAUAUAUAGAAGUGUUUCAGUGCUCUGUGGACGACAUGAAUCUGGUGCUGACGGGCGGUAUUCCUGUACAAAGACAACUCCUAUCUCCAGGAGGAACACUACUACCACCGCCUUACGGCGCUUAUCCAUAUCCCGUACAAACAUCGCAAGUAAUGCCAACAGCCGUGUCAACAGCUCCGACACCGGCCAGAAUCCCGGCCUCAUUCGCUUAUCCUAAUCCAUUUAAUCUAAUCUACUGGCCAUACCCAUCACCACCAGUCUCUCCGACCACAUACUACGCCCAUUCGGGCCCAACUAUGCUGACCACGGAUUGCAUUCAACUGCAGCGUAACGGUGACGGCAGACCCAAUGGCGAGGCUGUGGUGACGUUCCCCUCGCGGGCCGACGCCGAGCGUGCAAUACAGCUUAACUUCUUUAAUGGUUGGGAGCUGACCACGGAUUGCAUUCAACUGCAGCGUAACGGUGACGGCAGACCCAAUGGCGAGGCUGUGGUGACGUUCCCCUCGCGGGCCGACGCCGAGCGUGCAAUACAAGAGAAGAAUCGCCAGAACAUAGGGAACCGGUAUAUUGAACUCUUCAUGGCUUGAUUGCCACCCAUUUUAGACAAAUAAUGAAAUUGUGAACCUGUUCUGCAUUUCUCGAUGCAAUCGAUUGUAUUAAUAAGU